CAAAAAUACUACAUACAUUUGUACAUCAAUGUGUUGAGGCUGAAAUGUCGAACUGCACUGUCGAACAUUGUUUCGUUUUUUGGAUCCAAGUCACAUUUUAUCGGGACUGUCAAGUCCCAGAUACGAGUUCGAUACAGCUGGAUACAGUUUUAGUCAUUAAAGUCCAUACGUUGGGACUUACCCAGCUGAUAUCUUUAACAAUGGGCAUGCUGAAUGCUGUCAUGAUUUUAUGGUGUGCCAUGCUGAUGGUGGCGCAACCAGGGAAGGGCCAGGGCCAGGGCCAGGGCCAGGGUACGUGGGGCAUGCUCUCGGAUGAUGACCAUGCCAAAGUCAAAGAUACGGGAUCGUGGAUGAGUGAAGAAACUGACGGAACCACCAUGGCCAUGCCAACAGGCAGUCCAGAUGAGGAUUACAACAUUUUUGGCGUUACCGAAGCAGCACCUAAAGGCAGAUUGACCAUCACAUAUGCACCCCAGAUCCGUGAGCCUCGCUUUGGCUCAUCGAAUGGACGUGACACCGAUUUAGAGCGCCAAGUGACAUUGGCUCAAUUGGCGCCAAGCGCCGCAAAUUAGCGCUGAUGCAAAAACGU